GUACCGUUCCUUAUCUAUGGCCACGAAAUUGGUCUAAUAUUUAUUAUUUUACUAAUAAGAAUUGAAGAUUCUAUCUGUGGAUUCCAAGCCGUGCGCCUCUACUUACACGUACCUUCAUUUUUCUAAUGAAAAUCUAGUGACUGCAAAUCAAGCAGAUGGCAAAUUAAGGGUACCUAACUCUACUCGUGUUUCAAUUGAAAGUGAUUCUAUGAAUGUUCGAAAUGCCUGCAAAUUUAGUGGAUUUACGUCCCAAUCAUCGCCUUCUGAAUCACGAAUUUGAAGGAUACAAGUUAAGUCUUCAAGCUCUACCCCACUUCAAGUAUGAUCUAGUUUCACCGGUCGAUCGUAUGUUUCCUGACGAAGUCCAGUUUUCUUUUAUUCACGCUAAACUUUUUGCGCUACAUAACCACUUAAUCUUGGACUACUGGGAUUACUCGUACAACUUCUACUUCAUUGACAACAAACAACAAGUACGUCAAGUAACAUUUGAAAAUACAACAAACACAUUUGAUAACAAUGUAGUUUAUGAUGUCCCAGCACAUGUUGAAAGGAAAUCGGGGCAUUUUGAUUUAGGUUUAUCAUUUCCUUCUCAAACUACAGCUAUUGUAACUGAUGGCACUGGAUACCUUCACAUUAUUGAUACAGGAGUAAGGAGUUGCAGGAGUAGAUCCUGGCAAACACAACAUUCCAUGUUGGUGUUGGGUGAAGGCAAAUUUUUCAUAAUUGUGGAUUCUCGAAUACAAGAGAAGGACGGUAAAGAACUGUUGCAUUGUUUAUUACAAUCUGUAGAACAAAGUGAAAAACAUUUUAAUUCCGUUCUGACUUUGGUAACUUUUGAAAAUGACAAUAAUUCCUGGAAACAGAUCAGUAUGAAACAAAUGGAAGGUAAGGGAAUUGUCCACUAUGCAGCAAUUGAAACCAGUUGUGAAGCAAUUUACAUAGCAUCAGACAAUAUAUUUAAAUGCAUAAAUGACACUGAUAGAGAAAUAACUGAAAUACCAAAAGAGGAUCGAGCAAAAAUCAUCUACACCUGGUUGCAGACACCCGAAGACAUCUCUGUCACUUUAAAGUUGGAAGCCGGUUGUGAUAAAACUCUAAUGCAUGUCAGUGUUAUGCCACUCCAAAUUAAAGUUAGUUAUGCAGGCAAUACAUACAUAGACGGCAAACUUCUACAUAAGGUUGAUAGUGAACUAACAACAUGGAACAUUCAAGAUAACGGUCAGGUAGACAUAUUGUUGACAAAAUCAGAAAGCUCUCUUUGGGAUGAGUUUUUAGAAGGUGGAGAUAAAAAUGGAGAACAGAUAAUGGAUCCAAGUCUUGUAGAAGAAGCUCAUUGGAGACUUGCGCAUUUGUGUUCUGAAACAGAAGUGUCUCAAGACCAAUCUGUGCCUGGAUUUUCCACACAAGAACUGGAAGAAUGUGAUGCAGCCUCUGAAGAAGACACUGUAUUAGUGAGAAUGGAUUUGACAACUCACCAAAUAACACACAGAGCACCUCUAAGUGUGCAUCAAUACUUAUUCAGUGUCAAAUUGGACACUAAUGAUGUACCUGCUCUCGCUUUACGUCAUGAUGUGGACGCUUGUAUCUGGCAACCAUAUUCUCUGCUGAUAAAUUCAGAUACAUGGCCUUUGAAACAUCAAGGUACCCUAAUGGCUUUUGGAUAUGUUCAAUCUUCUAAACAGAAUCGUAAAUUUGUUACAUGUCCACCAAAUUUCUCCUAUAGCGUAGUCUGCGAAGCAACUAGACACCUAUUUAUUUAUCAAAGCACUCCAAACAAAGACUGCCAGCUAAGGAAGAGGACAGGUGGAGUUAUGAAUAAUGUGAAAGUUGGUCAGCAACAUAUUUUCAAUUUUGAUAAAUAUGGAGAGAUUAUAGGCAUUCAUGCUACAAAUGAAUACUUGUUUUUGUUAACAGAAUGUUCUUUUAUUGUAAUACAGAUUCUAUGAGCCAAUCAGAAGAUAUUGUAAUAAUUAACCUUAUUAAAUGCUAAGACUGGUUUUCUUCAUUAUCACUUUCACUUAAA